CUCAGUUAGCAAUCUGGGGUAGAAUGGACUCUGUAACACUCUGCAGGACUAAAGAGGAGGCGGAUUUGUUAACAAUCUAGACAUCCCCCGCCAAACCAACUGCUCACCCAACGAGUUAUUGACUACUACACUCAAACCCUCGGCACCAAGACGAUCCUAAGAAAAUGCUCCGAGAUAUCCUGCAAGGUCUUCGGGACACAUUGAAGACCUCCACAGUGACCUAUGGAGUCAUAAAUGUCGUGCUCCUACUAGGCCUAAUCUUCAUCCUCGUCAUCCAAAAUGGCAACAUAUCUACAAUGCGCAAGAAGCUCAGACAUUUGCAGAGAAUCGGUCUAUCGACCAGCAAUAUGGCAGAUCAGUAUGAUUCGAAAUACGAUGUACCAGAAGGAACCACGGCCGAGGGACCGGUGCGCAUCAAGACGAUCUGCAUUCACCCCAUCAAGUCAUGCGGCCGUAUCGAGCUGAAUCGGGCCUUGCUCACCAAGACCGGAUUCAUGUACGAUAGAUGCUUCGCUUUCGCUACGGAACUGGGCAAGAACAAUCCCGCCAUCGAAUCUAAAUGGCGAUUUAUCAGCCAACGUACCAAGCCAACCAUGUCUCAGAUCAAGACAGAACUAUGGCUUCCGCACAACAAGAGCAGUCAGCAUGAUCCGCUUGUCCAAGCUGGUGGAUGUGUCGUGGUGACAUUCCCUGACCCCGAUGGCCCUAGCUGGUUUGAUUAUCUGGAAAGGUUAUUUCAUACGGAAAACCCCUUCGCAAAGACAGAAGUGCGGUUCAUCGUACCUCUCCAGCCCACGCCCGCCAUGAUAAACGAAUACAAAAUCCAGUUCAAAACAUUCGGCAUCCACGACCGUGAUGCAAAGGGUCUGGACAUGGGAACCAUCCCCUCCGUCGCUGAAGGAUUACCGAAAUUGAAGAAAUACUUGCGAAUCGCGAACGAUCAGAACCUCACCCUGCUUAGAUGUACCUCCGAUACCCUCGUGCGCACGGAUGGGAAUCUCGCACCACUCGAACACAUCGGCACGCCCUCCGUGCACGGCUAUACAGAUCAGCAACCCAUCAAUAUCAACAGCCUUUCUUCCGUCCAUGCCGUGUCGGUACUCCUACCAAAGGAAAACCAACCCCUCAAUGCAUUUCGUUUCCGCGCCAAUCUCUGGAUCACGGGUGCGCCCGCCUUCGAUGAGGAGAGCUGGAAAAGAUUCCGUAUUUUGCCUAAGGGCAGUGACGCAGAGCCACGAGCGGAUGUAGCCCCGGCGGUGUCGGUUGUUUGUCGGACGUCGAGGUGUACGAUGCCUAAUGUUAAUCCAGAGACUGGAGUGCCCAGCGCGGAUAACCCGCCUCCGGAGAAGAAAAGGGGUAAACCGCAGCCGAGUGCGACGUUGGUGAAGUAUCGUACGGUCGAGGAUGGGAAUAAGUCAGCUCUUGGAUACAUAGGCAUGCAUUGUGUGCCUGAGGAUCGGGCGUUACAGGUGGCAGCGGAGCAAGAGAAGGGGUUAUACGUCGCCGUUGGCGAUGAGAUUGAGGUUCUUGAACGUGGGGAGCAUCUUUAUGGCUCGACGGAUAAUGAUCACUAGAACUAUGAUGUUACGUGGAUAGACGAUUAGAUAUAGAUUUCAUGA